CGGGGCUUCUUCGGGGCUGCACCCCGGCCCGAGCUGCUUUGAGGGCAGCCCCUUUUCCUCCUCUUCUUUCUUUCCAUUAGAUCGUGGCUUCCGUCCCUGCUGCGUCCCUUUCCUCCACUUGCACGGCGUUCCUGGUCGGGAGAGUCCGCUGGGCGUGGACGGCCCGGGCUGCCAUGCUAUGCUCUUGGCUGUCCAGCGCUGGACCCGUGCUCUUCGUGGCCUUGUCACUGUUCUCUGGAACUCGGGGUGACUGCGGAAUUCCUCCAGAAUUAAACAAUGCCAUUCCUCAAAGAAAUAUUCAUGCAGAGACUUUCCCUGUUGACACAAAAGUAAUUUACAAAUGCCUGGAUGGUUUCUUUAAUAUCCAUGGGAAAAUAGAUGUUACAACAUGCCUUUCAAAUUCACAGUGGACACCCAUAGAAGAAUUUUGUGAAAGCAGUUGUCCAGUACCAGAGAGUUUAAUAUAUGCUGUUCCAAAGCCAGAGGAGGUGACAAAGAAUUACUAUACACCUGGGACCACUGUGACCUAUGUCUGUCGCCGAGGUUAUGACAGCAUCCCUGGAAUGAGUCCUGUUAUUACUUGUCUUCAGAAUAACUCUUGGUCAGAAGUUCCUAUUUUUUGUAGAGGAAAAUCAUGCGGUGAUCCAGGAAAACCAGAAAAUGGCAGAGUAGUUAUUGUAACUGAUCUCUUGUAUCGAUCAAAAGUAAAUUUCAUCUGUGAUGAUGGGUACCAAUUAAUAGGAUCACCCUUUACCCAGUGUUCAAUGAAGAGUAAUGCUGCCAAAUGGGAUAAGGAGCCUCCAGAUUGUCAACCAAUCACUUGCUCCUCUCCUCCCAACAUCACUGGGGGCACUCAUGAUGGAGGAGGAAAUAAUGAGAAUUUCCCCUAUAACUCGACAGUGACUUACAAAUGCAAAAAUGGCUUUUCAUUAAUUGGAGAUGCUUCUAUUCAUUGUACCACUGAAGAUAACAUAAAAGGGAUUUGGCGUGGUGCUGUUCCUGAAUGUCAAGGCGACUGUGGCCGUCCCAAACAGUUUCCAAAUGCUCAGCUAAGGACAAGGGAAGUAAAGGACAGCUAUCCUGUUGGGACCAGGUUGAGUUAUGGUUGCUUGCCAGGUUAUGAACUUGCUUCUUCAGGGCGACCUGUAAUUACAUGCCAUCCAAAUUCGCAAUGGUCUGAUAUUUCAGUUGUUUGUCAAGGAAGACGAUGUCCUAUUCCCGAUAUAGAGAAUGGCAGAAUAGUAGAAGAUAGCGACCUUCGACUUGGUGCUGAAAUAACCUUUGCCUGCUAUGAAGGACACAGAGCAAUAGGGCAAAAUGGAGCUCGAUGUGUAUUGAGAGAAGGCGGCGUUAUUUGGAGUCAUGAACCACCAUAUUGUGAACGGAUUCCUUGUUUUCCCCCUCCUACAAUUGCCCACGGUGUCCAUGAUGGGCGGGAUGUGUAUUCGUAUGGCACAGCAGUAACAUACAGGUGCAACAGCCCGUACUCUCUGAUUGGAAGCAGAACUAUUGUGUGUUUGUCUGACCAGGACCAGAAUGGAAAGUGGAAUCAACCUGCGCCUGAAUGUAGAGUGGUGAGAUGUGGUGUACCUGAAGUCUCAAAUGGACUAAUGAGAACUUCAUAUCGGCCUUCGUACACAUAUCAGGACAGAGUGAUAUUUGAAUGUGUUUCAGGAUAUAGACUAAAGGACAACAGAGGUGAUGCUUUCUGUGGAGCUAAUAGUACAUGGCAACCUCAUCUUCCAGAAUGUAUCCCAGGGGUUCCUCCGACUACCACUCCAGGAGGAGAUGUGGAAGAUGGCACUUUACCAGGGCCAACCAUACAAUCACCUGUUGGGUCAACAGGAAACCCAGUGGAAGAAACCACUAAAACUGAAAUUGCAGCUUCAACAUCAGAAAAUCCGUCAGGAAAUGAUUUGGGACAUACAGAGAGACCAACGUUACCUCCUGAUGAAUCAGGAUCCAACAGUAUUCCAGUGAUUGUUGGAGCUGUUUGUGGUUGUAUAGCUGUGGUUGUUAUCUGUUGUGCUGCUCUGGGAGCCAGAGUUUGCCGUAAAAAACAGCGGAAAACUGGCAAUGCUCCUGCCCCUCCUGAGUCUUAUACUGCAGUUCCCCCUAAUAUAGAUAUUUCGCUAGAAGAACCAGCGAAGACUGUGAAACUCUGAUCUGAUUGCACUGAACUUCUGAAAUAAAGAGUGUGCUCCACUCAGCUUGCCACUGAUGAAUGAUUACCAGCAGUUCUCCUUCCUUUUUAGCAUUGGAAACCGGGUGAAAACUCUGAGGGGAAAGUCCAGGAGCGUAUGGCCCGUGGGGACAUGGGAUAUCCUAUGUGUCUGGGCGCCACUCAUUUGACCAUGUGGGGGGUGCAAAAUUUCAUGCCCCUACGUGAUCAAGUUGUUGCCCCACCCUCUAUUGGAGGCUACGAGCAGGGUGCUUGCGGCCUCCGAUGAAGGGCGGGGGGUGGCCCUGGCCUGGCAACAGUUGGUCUCAGACUGGGAGUGCCCUGUGGGCCCAUGGCAGGCUCCUGGCCCAGUGCCGGCUGCUGCCCCCCCCCCCACACCUCUAAGGGAGGCUGCGAGCAGGUGUGGCCACUGGAAGAGGGGGGGCGGCAGCAGCUAGAGCCGGGUCGGGAGCCAGCUGCGGGCAAGGCCUUAUUUUUGCGUCCUCCCCCCAUCAAAGGGGGGGGGGACCAGGCCUUGCCACUGGGCGCCGUUUUAUCCCAGUAUGCCUCUGGGAAAGCCUUAUCAGUGUUGCAAUAACCAAGAGCCAUAUAAAUCAUUUAAGCCUUUUGGAGUAUGAUGUGGUAUUUGACUUAAAAAUAAACACCUGGGUACUUGCACCUGUUGCUUUUACAUAACACUUAGCUGCAUUUUCUACCCUUGCAGAAUGCCACUAAAUUUCCAAUUGUUAAAGGAAGAAGGGAUUGGUUAUAUCUCUAUUCUGGGCAUGUUGUACUUUCCUGUGUUAAGCAUGUGAAGAUGCUGUAAUAUCAGUGUCAUGGAUUUUGCUAUGAGACUGUACUUUGGAUGGAAGCCUUGUCCACAUUUACCUUUCUGAAGGGAUGUAGAUGUGGCCGUUCCAACUGCCAUCUUCCUAUAGAGUUCCCCAGAUUGCUUCUUGCAGAACAUUCAUGAAUGACCUCAUGAUGCCCUUUGUGGCUUAAAAAAUGUAAUGCACCUAUAAGGUGAUUUGUUUUGUAUAUCUUAGUAGGCAAGCAAGAGGUUUGUAUGGUUAACCAAAAAUAUGAGAAUUAUAUGAAUUUCAUUGGGAAUUAAUAUAGCAUAUUUUGUCUUCCAGUGAAAUAGUUGGGCAAAAAAUGUUGCAUUUUGACAGGCUUGAGCCACAGUUUUUACAUUCAGGAAAAUGUUGUGCGCUUACAUAUAAUCUGUAUUACACUGGACUGUACAUAUCUUUGGUGAAAUGAAGAAAAGCUGAGGUUUAUUUAAGGAUUGUAAUUGUCUCAUUAUUUUUGCUAAUAUAUAUUAAAACUUUGAGUAAAAGA